AAUGUUUCUAUUAUCCGCUGUUCUAUUGGACAGAAGGCUCGAGCACGUGGGACAAUAAACAAAAUGGCUGACGAAGGAACUGUUCAAUCUAAAAAGAGAGCAAAGAAACGAUCUAGUUCUGAUCUAGCCAACAAAARCAAUAACGACUCCAAGGCCAAAAAAGUCAAAUCAGAAGCGACGGACAGUAAAAAGUUCCAAAAGAAAAGUGCUGGAAAAAAGACGCCUUUUCCAAAGAAAAAGACUUUUGGAAGUCAAAAUGCAAAGAAGAAAGGCAAAACAGCUGAUAAGAAGCCUAGCAACACAACAGAAGAUGAAGACAAACCUAAUAUUUGGCAAAUGAAGAAAAAGGAAAGAAAAGAAUAUAGAAAAAAACAUGAUGAACACUAUGAUUUAAUUCACUCCAUUAAAAAACACUACGAAUCRCUGCGAAGGAAGGAUAUCCCUGAUGCUGAGAAAGUAAAAACAAUAGAUGAAAUAUUGAAAUUGAUUGCUGGCCAUACACAUGAGGUUAUUUUCAAGCAUGAYACRGGAAGAGUGAUGCAAUGCUGUGUGAAAUAUGGAAACAASAAGCAAAAGACAWCACUAUUCAACCAAUUUAAAGAUGAAUUUGAAGCCAUGUCAAAGAGUAUAUAUUCUAAAUUUUUUGUUAAAAAGAUGUUGAAAUAUGGGUCUAAAGAGCAACGUCGUUUCAUUAUCCAGUGCUUCAAUGGAAAAGUUAAAAAGCUGAUCAGGCAUAAGGAAGCCUCUGAAAUUCUGGAGCUUGUUUAUACAGAUUAUGCAGUAGCUGCSGAAAAAACAUCUCUGAUACAAGAAUUCUAUGGACCUGAGUUUGCUCUUUUCAAGUCUCUGGACAAAAGAAGUCUUGAACAAAUUCUGACAGAUGAACCGUUAAAGAAGCCAGACAUUGUGAGACAUUUGAAGGAAGCUCUUGUCCCCUUAAUUGACAGAUGGAAUUUAUUGUUGCUAACAAAACGUUUGAUUUUAAAGGAAAUUAUUGCUAAUUUAAAAGAGCUUGCACAAGAUACRUACGGUCGUAAGGUGCUGCUCUACCUGCUGAUGCCCAGAGCUGCUGCGCACUUCCAUCCUGACAUUGUUAAAUUGUUAGAGAAAGGGGAUGAUAACCCAAAUAGUAAAAAAGAUCCAGAACAAAGAAGAAAAGAACUGCUAGAUGGCAUAUCACCAAGUCUUUUGGAACUAGUCAAGGAUCACGGUGAAGAGUUGAUGAUGGACAAAGGCAGCUGUCAGCUUGUCAUUGCAAUACUGUCAAAGUGUACUGGAGAUAAGACCGCAGCCAUGACAGCCAUAGCCGAGGCUGCAAACAAACACUUUGAUCCUUCAAAAGAUGAUGAGGACCACCUAGUCAAGAGUGCUAGUGGACACUUUGCAUUGAAACGACUCAUCGUACAAGACAAAGAGCGAGCAGAAUCAACGCACGAUGAAGGAACGACAUACUUCUCCAGAAUUCUGUUAGAUACRRUCAGUCCGRSUGCAUUAUUGGAAUGGUGCAAAAUUAACCGUGGAGCGUUYGUGGUCACGAGUUUGUUAGAAAGUUCAGUCUCUGGAGUCGCUGAGGAAAUCAAGAAGAUAGUCCAACCAAAAUUGAAAAAGCUUGAAAAACAUCCAAGUAAAGGACUCGAAAUAAUCGCUAAAAUUAUCAAUAAAUGAAUUCAUCUUUGCGAGAAGAAUAGUGUAAACAAUUCAUGAAAAAUAGAAUUUACUAUCUUUA